CAAGGUCCCUGAACUGCACUCAGGGAACCACACAAACAGCUCCCUCCAUUAUUGACUCCAACAGAGCGGUCCCUCGCUUCCUUGUGCCAGCACCUGUCAGAGUAAGAAUGCAUGGAGGAUGGCAUUUCAUUUAAAAUUAAAACACCUUCCAGUUCUGGUUUGAAACAGGUUUCUUGCACGCUACUGUCCGGCACCUCCCAAAUUCCAUGAGACGGAAGGUAUUCUUGCAGAUCCGAGAAGGGCUCAUUGCUCCAUUUAAGAUGCAGAUGUGUCGCCUGCGGUGUGGCCUCCUCCCGGCCCUGAUGAUUCUGAGCAGUGUCCUGGCUUCUGUGGGUGGAUGUGAUUUUGCUCAGUCAGUUUGUGGGGCCCAUACCCCUGGGGAUGUUAUUUUAGGUAUAUUGUUGCCAUGUCACCAGAAAGUGAAUGCGAUUCACGAACGGAUAAGACCGGAAACCUUCCACUGCUCAGACUUCGACCCUCAAUCGUUUGUUAGAUCCUUGGCUACAAUUCAUGAAAUUGAGAAGAUAAACGCAGCUGGUUUCCUCCCAGGAGUUCGUCUUGGAUAUUUGAUGUGUGACACGUGCUCAUAUGCGAGCAAGGCACUGCAGAAUGUCGUGCACAUGCUUGCAGUCAACGGCUCUCUAACUGCAGCAUGCAACUACACUGACUUCAGGCCUGGAAUCAAGAUUAUUUUAGGGGCCCAAUACUCUGAGGAGUCCAUUGCUGUGGCCAGACUGCUAAAUGUGUACAUGGUCCCUCUUCUGAGCAGCACAUCAUCUUCACCAGAGCUGAGUGACAAGCUCCGCUACCCUGGUUUUAUUCGUACCAUUCCCAGUGAUAUUCAUCAGACCAAAGCACUGGCCAAACUUAUGAGUCACUAUCACUGGAACUGGGUCGGUGUUGUGUAUGGAGACGAUGAUUACGGCAAGGCAGCUUUUGAUAGCUUCCUCAGGGAUGCUGGUGCAAAUAAUGUGUGCUUGGCCUACCAGGAGGUGGUGCCACAUUACCUCGAUCAUGAGAACAAUGAGCAACGCAUCCAGCAGGUGGCUCAGCAGAUCCGUUCCUCCAAAGCCCAGGUGGUUCUACUCAUCCUCAAGGCGGAGCUGGUGGAGUUGCUCUUUAAGGAAAUGAUCAGGACCAGCACAACAAGGACCUGGAUUGCCAGUGAUAUAUGGUCCCGGAGUAGUGCCCUAGCCCAGAUGGAUGGUAUUAACAGGGUUGGAGACAUCUUGGGCUUCGCCUUUGUUGCAGGCAAGAGUGAAUCAUUUGAUAAUUAUCUGAGGAAUCUUUCAGCAACCCCAGGAGGAUACAACCACUUCAUUGAAGAAUACAAGAACCUGAGAUUCAACUGCCUCUCUGAAUGUUUCUCAAGCGAACCUCCGUCCUAUUGUCCCUCACCUGAUCUGCUGAAAAUUAAAUCUGGCAAUGCAUGUGAUCUCAAGGAUCCCCAAGAGCAAAACGAUGACUAUCUUGUGACAGCUCUGGACACAAGUGAAACAUUCCUCCAUAGAGUUGCAGUGUGGGCCACGGCAAAUGCUCUCAAAAAGCUUCUGAAGUGCAACAACUCCUCAUGCUCAGGAGAUAUUAACUUUGCACCAUGGGAGCUUCUCAGGGAACUGAAGGAGGUUGAGUUCACGUACGACAACCUGAAUGUUCACUUUGACAAAAAUGGUGAUUCUAUCAAUGGAUAUGACCUCGUCUUAUGGGAACGGUCUGGGCAACAAAGAAGAUUUCGAAAAAUUGGGACAUACCAGGUCCUUAAUGAAGAAAUAGAAUUUGAUGGUGAAGAUUUCACUUGGUAUUCGACUGGCAAUAUCACGGCUCCUCGGUCUCGAUGCUCUGAGAGCUGCACAGGUGGUUCGGAAAAGAAGAUCUUAAAUGUAACCUGCUGUUACAACUGCACCCAAUGUGGGGAGGGGAUGUACUCGGAAGAUCCGGAUCCUAAUAACUGCAAAACGUGUCCCAGUGGAACUUGGUCUCUCAAGGGUUGGGACCACUGUGAGCCAAGAUCGGAGUCCUACCUGGGAUGGAGCGAGCCUCAUCCCAUCGUCGUGAUCGCAGCGUCAGCCCUCGGCAUUUUGCUUUUGCUUGUUACCUUGAUUAUCUUUUUGGUGUACAGAGAUUCCCCAGCUAUAAAAAAAGCUGAGUUGAAAUUGUCCUGUGUAAUGAAGGUUGGUAUGGCAGCGAGCUUUGUAAGUGUGCUAUGCUUCUUGGGCAAGCCUAGUGUACACCUCUGCCGGGCCCGCCAAGUCGUGUAUGCCAUGGGCUUUACCUUGUGUGUGUCCUGCAUCCUAGUCAAGGCCUAUCGUACCUUCCUGGCCUUCGUUCCCCUUGACCAUAUAACCAGCAAGCCACUACACAGACUUUACAGGCCAUCUUGGAUUGUCAGUGUGUUAACUAGUGUCCAGGGGAUCAUCUGUCUUCUCUGGAUGAUCUUUGAUUCUCCCGACAUUGAUGACACACUUCCAUCCCAGCAAAGCAUGGAGAAGAUAUUCCAGUGCACUGAAGGUGAGACAUACAUAGGUUUUGGUAUUAUGUUGGGCUACAUGGGUCUACUGGUAUUGGUUUGCUUCCUCUUGGCCUUCAAAGGCAGGAAGGUUCCUCAGGAGAACAGUGAAACGGGCUACAUCAUUUUCAGCAUGCUAAUGUACUUGUUUGUAUGGGUGUGUUUUAUCCCAGUCUAUAUUACCAGAAACGAAGAGGGCACUAUUGUGCAGGCGUCAGCCAUUCUAGUAUCCAGCUACGGAAUUAUCUUCUGCCAUUUUCUCCCCAAGUGCUAUGAAGCAUUAAGGGGGUCAAACUCUGGCCCCCAACCAAUCAGGCUUAGAAAUAACACGACAAGGGGAAGUAGGAGUUCAUCGUUUUAAAUAUUGUAUAAAAUUUUGUAGCGUCAUUUGUACUGGAGAUCAAUGUAAAUUUCAAAUGGGCUUUGUACUGAAACCUGUUGUACAUUUGUAUUGUUUUAAAAGUACUAUUAAACAUUGCCGAUAAA